UACUUGUAACCAUUUGAAAUAGUGUGUCACUGUAACAAAACUGGGUCAUGCGAAUGUAAAAAUCGAUUUUUGGAUGGGUAUAAAUAAUAAGGGAAAAUCGACCCAUUUAUGUUAAGGAUGCCAUUUAUUUAGCAAUGGUUAUGCUAUAAAUGAUUUAAUAACAGGAACACAAGGGUUCAUGGCGAUAAUGACUCAACUGCACAAUUUUAUCGUAAUUUACUGCAAAUGUUAACUUGAUCGAUUUAUAGUUCCACAUUUUUGUCCUAAAUCGGUUACUGUACAUAAAAUGGCGUACCGGCUCACGCAUGCGCAGAGUACUUUUUUUUGCGCCGCAAAUCGGGCAGCAUCCAGGGAGUUAUAAUACAUUCACGUUAGCGACGCAGAUUGGGUAGUGACAGUUCUGUUCAUUUUCCGCGGGGCAAUAUAGAAGCGAAAAGACAAGUCUGCAGCAUAUAAUUUUCAGUAUACGGGAUUUUGGCCUCUACCUGGAGACGUGAGAUGCAAACUGUGCGAUGGAUAAUGCAGAAGACCGCGAAACAGGCCAGAGGCAUCAAUGCUAACAUAGCUUACAUUAGCUCUUGCUGGAACUGCUAGUGCGGAGCUUAUGUUAUGCUCAGUAGCUUCGUUUAGCAGCUGUGUUGUGUUAGCAAGUGGGUUAACUCGCGUAAUGGUGAUUGCAACUCCGGCGUAGUAAAGUUUAACAUCAUCUACUUUUAAUUUGAGACGGAUGUUCAUUUUGUAUCCAGACUAAAUUGGCACAAAGCUUUGCAGAAAUAAGGCGCUAAAGUGCAGUGGCUGGCUGUGGAUGGGUCCGAGUUACUCACGGGGAGGUAGCUCACGUUUGCCAGGCAUUGUGCGUUGUGUAGCAGGCUAAACGACUAAACUAAAGUUAAAAACACUCUUCUAAUGUUGUUGGCAAUGCUUUUACCAUCUUAAUAUAGUCGUUUAUUUGUGUAUAACAUGCAAACCUCCAAUUUUAUCGUUGUUAUGCUGUAAAAAAAAGUUAGGAUUGUGCAAAAGCAAGGGCCUCUCUGCCUGUGGGGUUGCGAUAGCUGUUGAUUUGGCUUAGCACACGUACCAUAAUGUGCAUUUAAAGCAUCCAAAGUAGAAAAAACUGUUUAUUUUGUAAGAACAAUGUAACCGCACGGAGCCAGUUGAGCGUUUUGAGUGUAAAGUGGUGGAGGACACGGUCACAAAAUGAACAAUUCUCUGAUGCAACAAGAAAAGAUGGAGCUCGAUCUAGAAAUCCCAUCCGCACUGGUGCAGAACGACGGACACCUGAGGAGAUCCAACAGCGCUCCUAUGAUAAACGGACUAAGUGAUAACUCCCAGGUUUUCCAGAGAGAGGUGCUACGAAGCCGAAGAAACAGCACCACAAUCGUCAACAGGCCCAACAUGGUCCCGUCGUCUCCCAUCCGAGUGCCCAGUACCAGACUUCACCAAAUUAAACAGGAGGAAGGGGUGGAUGUGAUGAACAGAGAAACGGCUCAUGAACGUGAAGUUCAAGCUGCAAUGCAAAUGAGCCAGUCCUGGGAAGAAAGCCUCAGUUUGAGCGACAAUGAUUUGGAGAAGUCUGCCUCAUCUUCUCCCAAAAGGAUCGACUUUGUUCCCGUUUCUCCAGCUCCUUCCCCCACGCGAGGCAUCGGAAAAAAGCAGUGUUUUUCUCCUUCACUACAAAUCCUGGUGAGCAGCAAUGGUCUGACGCCGAGCCCCAUCCCCAGUCCCACCAGAAGAUUCAGUCGAAGAAGUCAAAGCCCAAUAAACUGCAUCAGACAGAGCAUACUGGGGCCAAUUAAACGCAAAGGUGAAAUGGAGACUGAGAGCCAACCCAAGAGACUGUUCCAGGGCACGACCACGAUGCUCUCCUCCGACGUGUCCAACCUGUCCGACCUCAGCUCCUGUCACUCUCCGGAUCUAUUGGACGGCAGUCUGAGCAGUGUAAGCUCCUCCACAGACUCCCCGGGCAAAAUGGAAGGAGUCUCCCCCUCAUCCUCGAGCAACUCACCCUUCACCUCCCUCCAAGACCUGUCCCCCAAAUGAGCCCCACAGACAAUAACCCAUAAAAGAGACUGCUCCUCUGCUCCACUCAUCCAUUUCUCUGUAUUGGACUUGAGGGUUUCAAUUACACUGACAGCCAAAAGUUUGGAUACAUUUUUUAUUCAGUGCUUUUUCUUUAUUUUUCAUGACUAUUUACAAUGUAGUGUAACUGACAAAGUAUGAAAAAGGUUAGGUUGUUUACAAAAAGUGUGAAAUAAUUUGCUAACUAGAUUUUAGAUUCUUCAGAAUGGCCACACUUUGCUUUGACUAUUGCUUUGUACACUCUUAGCAUUCCACUAAUGAACCCUGAAAAGGCAGAGCUGCGAAGUGAAAACCAUUUCAGGGACUUUAUCAUGAAGCUCAUUGAGAGAGGGUGUAGGGUUUGCAGCGCUGUUGGCAAAGCAAAGAUUGGCUACUUUGAGAAAUCACAAACUUAUAGGCUCUGUAUCUGAUUUUCACAAUCUUAAAAAUGUGAAAAAAAAACGUGUUCAUUUUGAACGGUUUACAGUGGCCCUUAUGCAUUCUAAACAUUCUAAUUAUUCUGCAGAGCUGCACUUUCUGAUUAUUGGACACCAUGAAACACUUUCUACUUAGAAGCAGACGGUGUACAGUGGACUUAUUUUGACAUCAAAAGCAAGGCAAAUUUUUCUAUUAAUACAUGCAAAAAAAUAGAGUACAGUCCCUUUAAAUAUAAAUAACAUUAUUAUUAACAGUUAUUUUAACUUUUUUUUUCCUUUUCCACAAAAUUCCAUGCGCCUUGCUUCAUAUAUUUGAUGUCUUCAUUAUGUAUACCAUAAACUGUAUAUAUAAAUGGAUGUAGCUAGCCACCACGUUUCAAAUGGGAAGCGAACAGAGGCACUUUUCCUGCUCCAUCAGCUUUGGGUCCUAUUCACGUUGUACUGGAAAAAAAACGUCAUCUCCCUCUCCAUAACUUUGUCUUAAAAUGUUUGUAUUAACCCGCUCUACAUGAUCCUGGUGGUUUUUAUUUUACUAUUUUGUUUGUAAGUAAAUUCCUAUCCCUAAUACGGAUCCCUGCUCCAUAACUCCCGUGACUGCCAGCCUCAGUGAGCUUCAUUUGACAGGAGCCGAACGCUAUGAGUGACAUUACACUCCGUUAGUCCACUUAUUUAUACAGGAAAAACAUUGAAUGAGAAAGUGUGUCCAAACGUCUGACUGGCUUUGUAGAUUUGGGGACAUAGAUCUUGCUUCUCAGAGGGUCUUGAAAUGCCUUUGUGGAUCUCAUUGUUCAAAUUUUGCUUGGACAACACACUGUGUGCACCUGCUGCUAUUAGGAGAUGCUUUGACGGUGCAAGUUUGGAUAUUUCAAACUAAACGGAAAAAGGAGACUGAGAAUACAAGCACUGGACAAUUUGAAAAAGGACUAUUAAUGUAAAUUUUUGCUUUUUUUUUGUUUCCUUUUGACAUUUGUAAGAAAAGAUUUAACUUAUUGUUUUGAUGCUAUGUUUGUAAUUUUGUACAUAGAAUAUAUAAAGUUAGUUUUAUGUUUGUGUGGUGAAAGUGGGCAAAAGUCUACUGCUACUAUUACUGCUACUACUACUACUAUGGAUGUCUCCUUAGUGUUUUAUUGUGUUGAAUACAAAAUGUUAGAUACAGAAAUGGCUGUAAACUGUGGUUCAACUUCCUAUAACCCUGAAUAACGUGCUGCAAAUGAGACUGAAAGGAUAAAUUAAAAUGGUUGGUCAUUUGACUUGUUGAUGUUAAGAAUAAGAAGAAGUGAAAAUGACAUUUAUCAGUAAAGUGGCGUUUGCAUAA